UCAAAAUGUCUUCUCCUCCCAUCACUGCUCGAAGACUCAGCUCCCCUUGCUCCACUGUCAGAGAGGAUGUCUCUGAAAUCGAUACUUGACGACUUGUCACAAUCGUUGAGGAUUGCAAAGCUCCAGAAGUGAUUCCAUGAGAUCCUGAAUGAUCCAGACAUAUUAUUUCACGUUCUCAUGAGAGUCUUGAUGACGUCUUAAGAGAGUCAGAAUCUGAAACAAGUGAAAAUGAGAUUGAACAAAACAUUGACACACCCAAAACUCAUCAGAGCCAUAAUAAUGAGCAACAUGAAGGAGACUCGCCACUUGUUACCAAUAGGACUGCCUGAAAGAAACCUGAAGAAGUUGACAAAGAGAAGGAAGCUCUCCUCUCAGAAAUCGCUUUCCUCAGAAAUGAACUUGCUCGCCAGAGGUACGAAUACGAAUGUGCAGAAAGAAAGAGAAGCCUCGAGAGAACCAGAGAUGCCAGAAUGAUUUAUGGGCUCACAGAUCAGAAUGAGAAAUUAGAAAGGUAUAUUGAUAGCCUCGAACAAGGGCAUUCUCAAGAACUUCACUUUAAAAAUCUUGAGAUUAACAGCCUCUGUCAAAAAAUCAACCAGAUUCAGAAAGCCAGUCAGUGUAGACAUCAAGAACUUGAGAGCAAAUAAAAUUGAAGUUGGCUCUAUCCGCAAAGAAUUUGAUAAAGAAAUCAACUAUCUCAAGAAAAAGUUCAAGAAGAUCAAACUGCUCAAGACUCUUACUUCAUCGCAUGAUGACCUUAUGUGUCCCUCUAAGGAUUUUGAAGAAGAGUCUGACUGUAAAGUCAUAAGGGCAAAACACAAAAACAAGAAGAAGCAGAAGUUUUUGCUUGACCUCAACAUCAGCACUAUCAGCACGAAGCAGGACGACACUAUCGAGAGUAAAGUCCCGAAGAUCUGCAAGAAGAACCUGGAUUACUACAACACAUCCCAUGUGGUCAGGGAGAGUCUCCUCGACAUCAGUGACUUAUCCUUGCAUCAUGGCUAAACUUCAAUGGAG